UAGAUUAUUAAUGAUAAUCUUAAACUAUAAUUUAUUUUAUUAGUAAGUUUAUUUAUUUUAUUUAGCCUUGUUGUGCAAGCUCUCUGGAGCUUGUGCAGAGGCAGCAGCUUUUGCCAGAGGGGAACUGGAAUCCCCUGGUUGGGCCUGGGUUCUCCUGAGGUUUUUUUUCUCCAUUAGAGUUUUGGGUUCCUACAUCUGCCUGACCGGGGGGGGCUGCUUUAGAAUUUUAAAGUUUUAAUUAAUAUUGCAUAUAGGAAUUUAUAGUCUGUUAUAUUUGACCUGUGCUUCUCUCUCCUUUAUCCUAAAUGUGUGUGUGUGUGUGUGUGUGCGUGCGUGCGUGCGUGCGUGUGUGUGUUGGUGCGUGCGUGUCUUUGUGUGUGCUCGUACUUGUCUGUGUACGUGUGUGUUUGCGUGCGUGUCCGUGUGUGCGUGUGUGUCUCUAUGUCUAUGUGUGUUAAUACGUGUGCAUAUUGUGUGUGUGGAGUGUUUUGUAUGUGGGUGUGUCUGUCUUCUGUGUUUUCAACUUUUUCUUGUUUUUGCAGGUACAACUUUAAUUGUUUUGCUUAUAGUCAAUAUGUCUCAUGUACAGCUGCUUUGUAACAAUGAAAAUUGUAAAAAGCGCUAUAUAAAUAAAGUUGAGUUUGAGUUACAAUGGGGGGCCUUGAAGUCAAAAAGGUUGAGAAGCCCUGCCUCAGAGGAUUUAUAUUAUAGAAGUGUUGUGUACGCAGGGUUGAAGAGAUGCGUCUGUAAUCUAGAUUUAAACUGACAAAGUGUGUCUGCCUCCCGGACAGUGCAAGGAAGACUAUUCCACGUUUGGGCGCUAGAUAGGAGAAGGAUCUACCACCUGCACUUGAUUUUGAAACACACGCACACGCACACACGCACGCACACACACACACACACACACACACACACACACACAGAGAGCUCUCUCUACAUUCAUGUGGUGUGUGUGUUGUGUGUCAGGGAUGGAUAUGAUCAACGGAGCGAUCAACAGUCUGAUGUCAAAUGCAGGGAAGGAGGACUGGACCCCCGUCCUGCUGAACAUCGCUGACGCCUGCAUUACUGUUUUUGAAGAGAAGGAAGAAGAGGAGGAGGUGUUGGUGGAGUGUCGCGUACGCUUUCUCUGCUUCAUGGGUGUCGGCCGUGACGUCCACACAUUUGCGUUCAUCAUGGACACGGGAAAGCAGCACUUUCAGUGUCAUGUGUUCUGGUGUGAUCCCAAUGCUGGAGGCGUGUCAGAGGCCGUGCAGUCAGCAUGUGUGUUAAGAUAUCAGAAGUGUCUGGGGAAAAACAGCUCUUCAGCUCCGCCCCCUGCCGACUCCGUCACGCGCCGUGUGACGUCCAGCGUGAAGCGAGGCGUUCAAUCAAUCAUAGACACUCUGAAGAAGAAACCCGCCCCUGAUGUUCCCCACCAAUGACAGAACAGAGGAGCUUUGAAGGACAGCUGGGGUGUGUAUGCAAGAGCGAAGAGAAAAUCAAGGCGAACAUGAACUCACAGGGAUCCGGAUGAGACGUCACACAGCGCUUUAUGAACUUUGACCUCAGUCAUGUCAGAUGCUGAAUGAAGCAUGUCUCUGCCUUACACCAUCAUACACUCACAUUCUCUCUCUAUCACUGACCAAAAACUGGAUCUUUUGAAAUGAUGUGCAUCAUCAUCAUCAUCAUCAUCAUAAUACACCAGAGCUGAACUUUAAUAGCUGCGUCUUCAGAGAUCACAAGAUGAACAUGAACACACUCAAACUCUUUUAGUUUUAACAGUAAAAUCUAGACAGAAAUUUGAAUUCUGUCAUCAUUUCUUCAUCCUCAUGCCGUGUCAAACCCGUAUGAGUUUCCUUCUUCUUCAGAACACAAAAGAAGAUAUUUUGAAGACUGUUCAAACAAACACUGAACCCCAUUGACUUCCAUUGUAUGAACACAAAACCAAUGAGACAUUUCUCAAAAUAUCUUUUGUGUUCUACUGAAAAAAGAGACACAGGUUUAUAAACACACGAGAGAAUAAAUGAUGACAGAACUGAGAUGUUUUUAACACUCAUGUUGUCUACACACAUCAACCCUGAAUCAUUCCAGUCAGACAGUAUUUAACUGACGUCAUGUCAAGCUCCUCUGUCUUUCUCUCUCUUUUAACCUGCAUUUGAAAUAUUUUGCUCUAUUAUCAUUACAAUAUGUGUGGAUUUUUAGUUUGUUCUAUAUUUGAAUCCUUUCUGACCUUUACAUCAAAUCCUGUUUGUCAUUAUGCGUCUGAUCUCUUAUCUGGAUUUCAGUUGAAUAUGGAGAAUUUUACUGCUGUUAAAGAUUUGUGUUUUAGGCAGAAAUGAAAUUUGAAAGGGAAACAUUUACAUGUAUUUAACAGACGCUUUUAUUCAGAAGCACGUACAAAUGAGAACAAUUGUGUAGAAUAUAUUCAUGUCUGUUUUCAGCUUCACAUGUGAAUGUUUUUGCAACACACUGGUAUUUCCAAACUCAAAUCUAAGAAGAGCUAAACCACAUUCAUUUUUACACCAUAUUCAUGUCAACUCUUAUAAACUUCAAAUAAACUUCAUCCAAACAAAACUGCUCUCUCUGCU